AUGGCGACAGUGUCGGUCGAUCUUCGAGAUUUAGAACCCAACAUUCAGGAAAUAAGUUUGAUGAUCUACCCAUUGCAAAAAGUGCCAAGGAUAACUCUGUUGAGGCAAAUAGGGAAUUCACUUUGGAAGGCCAAAGGAGAGAGGAGAGAUGUUAAUACAAUAUUUUUAAAACUACAAAUUGCUGAUUCCUCAGGCCAUAUUCGAAAUAUCCAUUUCCCUUUCGAUAUUGGAGCAGACACUUCAGUCGUUGUUGCCAGUGAAAUGGUUGAGGAGUUGGAGUUUAGUGAUCAAGAUGUUUCUACCAUUGCAAUGACAAUUGACUCAGAGAGUAGCUAUAAUUGCAAGCUUUAA